AUGGCUUCCAUAAGUUGGUUAACGUGCAGGCGGUUUGCUCAGGUUGCGCGGCGGCCGGUGCUGCAGUAUGUGAGGGCUGCGGUGCGAGCGCUUCACCGGGGCAGCGCGCGGCGGGCGGCGGAGAAAACCCCGCUGAACAAAACACGAGCGCUGGAGCAACAGUACAUCACUGAACUAGAUAAAGCUGAUGCGCUGAUGCUGCGGAAGUCUCAUGAAACAGGAUUUUUGUCCUGGUUCCGGAAUGGUCUCCUGGCAACAGGAAUCGGUGUUAUUGCGUUUGCGCAGAGUGAUGUGGGCCGAGAGGCUGGAUAUGUGUUCUUCAUCCUGGGUGGAGUGUGCGUGUCGUUCGGUGGAGCGUCGUACGUGACCAGUCUUUUGACUCUGAGGAGGCUCAUGCUCCUCUCUCGGCUCACUGUGCUGCUCCAUGCGGGCUUGGUGUCCGUCGCCGCCCUCUUCUGGCUGUGCGCGGUAUCGCUUUACAUCGGCCGCCUGGAGUUGGAGAUUAUUCACGAAGAGGAUGAGGAAGAGCACGGGGGAGAUGAAGGUCAGGAUUGCGCAGAAUGCAGGGCCCGACGCGAAAGACGCGGCGCUGAAGAAAAAGGCCAAGACAAGUGAGAUGAGAGGAGACUCGGAGUUAAAAUGGCCUUUUUCACUUGACCCAGAGCCAGAGUUCUGUAUUCACGAGUGGUUUAAACUGCUUUAAGAGGAAAGGCGAAACUGGUUUCAGGUCGGUGUGGAGUUGUGGCUUCUAUCAACAUAACUGUGCAGUACUCUAGUGCUUGAUUUAUCAGGUUGAGUGAGUUUUUGUGUUUCUAAUACUCCUGAACAUCAGCUUUACUGCGUACACAGGGGCAGUGACAUAAAUGCACUUAUUUUUUUCUUUGUAAUUUUUUUUGUUGGAUCUGGGGGUUGUGUGCUGGAACAUGAAAGUUAAUUUCUAAACUAGCGCUUAUCAGACAACUAGUUAACCAUCUUGGUUGUUCAGCUGUUAUAAAUGGGCAUGUUCACAUUUAUAUAGUGACGUGAUUCAGAAAUAACAGUUCUGGGGUUUUUUUU